GUGAUCUCCUAGGAGAGGGGAAAAACCGGAAACCUGGAAGCUGCCGUUGAGGUAUCCUGUUUUUUGGCUCUCUUCUGGGUUGUCUUUCAUUGACUGAAAUCUCAGUGAGGCCGAAGAAGCAAACUUGAAAGGAUAUUUUUUUUUGGUUCUUCUUUUUUUUUUUUUUUUUUUUUUUUUUGGAGCUGGGGACCGAACCCAGGGCCUUGCUUGAAAGGAUAUUUUAAGCACAGUCAGAAGGCAUUGGUGUUGCCCAGGCCUUUGUUAGCAUAUCGCUAUGCUGAGAAUUUUGCGAAGGAUUUUAACCUUCUUUCAGAGGAAGACAAAGCCUGAUGGAAAGCUACAGCUCAAAGAUAAUGCCACAUUUAAGUCUGCCAGAGGAAUUGUGACCUAUCUCUGCACAGAUUAUGGCUGGAUUAAUGAAACCAUCUUCUUCAGUGUUGAUGUGGUGUGUGGCAAUGCUCCACUGAAUGUUGGAAUGAACGUCAUUGCUCUUGUGGAAAAAGAUGAAACAAACCAUGCCUUGAAAAACAUCAAGGUGAAAACUAUGUCUGAUCCCAUUUAUGGUAUCGAGCCUUCAGAAGCUGACAGACGACUUUGCAUUAAGUGCAUUACUGCUGCAACACAGGACAGUAUUUAUGUCAGCAAGGAAACUUUCUUCCCCAUACAACUUCUUUCUGGAGGUCUGUGUUACUAGCAUUGAUGGGAGAAAUGGCGUGGUGGACGACAUCGUCUUUUUCACCCUGGAUUCUCUGGUUAUACACCUAGACUAUAUGACAUUGUGAAUGUGGUCACUGUGGACAGCAUCCAACCAUAUUGUUCUUGUAGAGCAGUGUCGAUGACCCCAGUGGAAAUGGUGUAUUAACCAUGCCUUAUAGUUCAUUUUCAGUAUUAUUUCUAUGGUUCUAGUUUAAUAAAAUAAUAUGGGCAUGUAAUCCAAAGA